AGGUGCCAUGAAAAUAAAGCUGUGGAUCCAAUAGCUUUUCCUCCCGGAUUUAAAAAGCGAAUUGAGAAAUUCUCUAAAAUGCAUCCUUUUCUGGAGACCGCCAUGAAGGAAUUCAAAGACAUUGUGCUCUCUGGGCCGCAAGAAAAGAAAGGUGCAUUUCCAGGUGAAGACAUGCCCAAAUUAGUUCUAUCAUCAUAUUCCACCUUGCCCUGGGGUUCUUACAGAGGGCCCAACGAAUUGUUUUGUUGUUCCUAUGUUAUGGGCGUUGAGAGAAUCACCUCUGGGACCCAUUCCUGGAUAGCGAACGUGGGGGGUGAAAAGUUCUGGGCCGUGGGGGUGGCCAACGAGACUUUAAGGGGAUGCAAUAUUGUCAAUUUGAAUGCUGGUCUUGGGAUCUGGGCUAUCGUCCGGACUUCCGCUGGUGCUUAUUACCCAACCACAGCUCCUGGAAUAUCCCUGGGUCCAUUGCCCAAGUCUAGCAAUACAGCCUGUAAGUUGGAGAACUUCCAGUCCAAGAGGAUCUCUGUGUGUGUGAACUAUAAAAAAAGAUGGGUGAUCUUCUCUGACGCCGACUCUCACAGCGUCAUCUUCACUUUCACCAAUGCUGCGUUCUCUGGGGAGGGGGUCUGCUCCUGGUUCAGUGUGGGGCAAUGAAAUGAGGUUGUCUUUGGGGGGCAAUCAAGAUCCAUCUGAGAAUGGCAAAAUUGACUUGGUUGGGCCAAAUCCUUUUGAGCAAGGGAGGGGUAGGUGGA